AUGGAAACGUACUCUUCUUCCGCAGACGACUCCUCGGACGAAGAGUUCCUGGCGCUGGGAGAAAAUCGCGAAGGAAAGGUUGACCGUGAAGCUUUGGUUCGGAAAAAGUUACUAGAGAGCUUUUACGGUAAAUCAGCAGUGGUCGCGGCUGACUAUGAACCCAAUCCCAUCAGCUUGGAUGACGGUGAUAGUGAAGACGAAGAUUCUGUAGAAUUUAAACGGUCUUCCAGAAAGUUGGCGUCAUCGCAAGAUCUGGAUUCGCCCUAUUUUGAUGCUCAGGCGCAUACGACGAAACAUAUACACGCUUCCUCAGUGCACGAGCUGCUUGAAACAGAGGAGCGUCUCGCGUUGCAAGUUCGUACGUUAGAUUCCACUAUGCAAACUCUCGUAUACGAAAAUUAUUCUCGAUUUAUCGAUGCAACCGAUGCUAUUAAAUCUAUUGGAGUGAACGUCAAGGCCAACGAAGACGGUCUUGACCGCCUCGCUUCUGGUAUGAAACGGAUUCACGACACAUCCAAGGACGUGGAAGAUGCAUUAGGUUCAUUGCGUGAUCAAGUAGCGGAGAAAAUACGGGUCAAGCGACUUUUGACUAGAUUGGAUACCCUUCUGAAGUUGCCAAAAACGCUGCAGUCUCAAAUCGGUGCGGGUAAAUACCGAUCGGCCACCCGCAAUUAUCUUUCCGCGUCGUCAAUAUUGGGACAGCAUUCCAAAGGAUUUGAGAGUCUACGCAAUAUUGAAGUGGAAUGUCAUGAAAUUCUGGUGGAAAUGAAGGAAGACCUGAAGCGAAAGCUACUACAGUGGAGUGGGCAUUUUCAAGAUGUGGACCAGGAAGAUCCAAACGCUGAAAUGGGAAGCAUAGAUGGCAGGACUAUCGACUUGCCAAAAAAUAUGACCGACAUAUUUGAGUGCGUUGGGACCCUAUUUAUUUUGUUUAACAGUCACGCCGAAGACUAUUUAGAAGCAGAUUUUAGCGGGGAUGACCUUCAGUCAAUGGCAAUGUCUGCAGCUGCACGCACCAUCGAAAGAAUGUUGGAUGCUCACGUGUUAGAAGUACAGGAAUCGCGCUUUGAGGGAGCAAAGGAUCUCACAGUCAGCAUCAAUCUGACGAAUUCGUUCUCCCAUGUAGAAUCCUCACAGAAUCAAUCGGAGGGAAGUAUACUGGUUCCUUCGGACGUUCUAGACACCAUAUUAGAAGUGGCUACGCUGUUUGGUCUAACAUUCGGAGCUGCGGCGGAGUCAAGCUACAUGAUUGAUUUUAUCUCCAAAUCUUUCGGAUAUUUUUUGUCCCAUGUCAGGUCAGUAAUCCUAGAGGUGGGAUUUGAAGCAGCGUCAAGCGAGGAAACUACGACGCGGGAUGAUGGGAAUUAUACCGGGGACGAUGUGAGUACGGCGUUGGCAACUCUAAUGAAAGCCGUUCGUCAACUCGCAUCAGGACUGGCACUUCCUGAUAUAGGGAUUGGUGUCGACUACGCUUCAAAACUUGUGGACCAAGCGAUGGCACUGUCUGAGUCUAUGGUACGACGGCGUGUUGAUCGCAAGUUUCAAGAGCUCCGUUUAAGUGUUGUGACAGACUGCAUGUUACCGUUCGCUGAGCGUAUGCAGAUCGAACGUGGAAACGAAUUUCGACGAGAUGCCCAACAAGCUAUUUUGAAUAGUGCUUUAUCCGACUGUAUACAGCUUAUAGACGACACUAUUCGCAGCGUGCUUGCUGAGGGUCGUGAACACAGCGACUCGAUAUCUGCUCCCGAUCUUCCCGUUCUCAAAGAUGCAGUUUAUAGCAGCGUCCGUCGAUUCGCUUCCUGGCUAGCAGGCGUUUUUGAGUGCUUGGCUGGUGGGGACUCAUGCGAUGCAACUGAAUUAUUGGAAGUGAAUUUACUUACAACAGAAAAGGAUGGUGACAACGAAGACCACGAAGGCAUAGACACCAUGGCAGGCUGUUUUUCUGACGCUGUCUCCCAGAACCAAAGCCAAACUGGGAUUGUGCAACUUGUAGAUUCUAUUGUGCGCAAAUUGCAGUCUAUCAGUGCAACCACUGGUAGAUCAAUGGGCGAUAUUGGAUGCACGUUGGCAAUUGCACAAUUGUGUCUUUUGGCGGAGGAGUCUGUCUCGGACGAAAUUGAAGAAUCAAUACAGAGCUAUGUAGGAGGAGGCAAGAAGAAGUCAAGGGGAAUGUUUCCCACAGACGCUUCAUUGUCAGCUGAGAUGAAAGUUUCGCGUGCCGAUGACAUCAUUGCUCGACAAUUUCAGCUGUCAUCUUCAAGAAUAAUUGCACAAUAUGCCGUUUACCAAGGCCAUCAAGCGGCUGAUGCUCUGACAGCAGGUCUUCUGGCCACGAAUGUAUCUGGUAAAGACUUUAGAAACCGCCCAAGCGAUGCCGCCGUGAAAGCGCUAGAAAUUGCCAGGGUAACUGCGCUGGACUGCUAUGAUGUGUUUGGUGGUAGACAGAGAGCUGGGCCAGUGAGCUACUUGGCCGAUGAUUCUAUACCCGAGUUUACUAAAAGCGUUGUUGGUCGGAAAACAGGUUUACAAUUGGAUGUUGAGCGCAUGUUUAUGGACAACGUUGUGUCAGUCCUACCGCAUCCGGGUGAAAUCGUUGAUCCUUCUCGAAAUGCAGUUCUCUACAUUUUCUUUAAGUCGGCAUUUCGUGGUUUCGCCGAGCAAACGAGAGCUUUUCUCUCGAGGGAAGCAAUGCUUGCUCGGCUUUGUCGAACUUACUACGCGAAUUGAUGAACACUGUCAGAGAACGAAGCUUGGACAACGUGUAUUCAGAGGAUGAGAGCCUUGUGUAU